AUGGCUCAGAGAGACAGACAGAACAUUUCAGGCAUUCAUUUGUGCCCCGCUGCCAUCAGCUGUCAUCAUAAGCUGCUGUUACUGAACUUGUCCAAAGUUUACGUCAUAUUAAACUUUCUGUUUCAGUCAAAAAAGAAAGGAUUAAGUUUGGAGGAGAAGAGAACCCGCAUGAUGGAGAUUUUCUUUGAAUCAAAAGAUGUGUUUCAGCUUAAAGACAUUGAGAAACUCGCCCCAAAGACAAAAGGAAUAACUCCCAUGGCUGUGAAGGACGUGCUGCAGAGCCUGGUGGACGACAACAUGGUGGACUCUGAGAGAGUGGGGACGUCCAACUACUACUGGGCCUUCCCCAGCAAGGCCCUGCACGCUCGCAAGAACAAACUGGAGGAUCUGCAAAAACAGUCUUCUGAUGCAAAGCAGCGGAAAACAGCCAUACAGAAGGCGGUGGAAAAAGCGAAAGUAGGACGUCAAGAUACAAAAGAGAGAAGCUCUCUGCUGAAGGAGCUAAAAGCUCUGAGAGAGGAGCGAACGCAGCUGCAGGCCGAGGUGGAAAAGUACAGAGAAUGUGACCCAGAGGUCGUUAAGGAGCUGAAAAAAUCAAAUGUGGUCGCAAAAGACGCAGUUUGCAGAUGGACAGACAAUGUUUUUGCUAUCAAGUCAUGGACCAAGAAGAAGUUUUCCUUUGAUGACAGCCGCAUUAACAAAGCCUUUGGGAUCCCCGAGGACUUCGACUACAUGGAAUGAGUCUCAUAGUGAUAUCCUGUCACACUACAAGGACAACAAAUAACAGUUUAAAGCUGGCAUAUCCGUCUCUGCAUUUCUAGUUCCUGUUAUAAAUGUUGGAGUGAGAAUAAAUGCACAUUUAAGGCCUGGGGUGGGCUUUGAGUAAGGACAGAUAUCAGCAAUUUCGCUGUAACAGAUGGACUUUAUCAGCGGAUGUUUUGCUUUGGUGCAACCAGAGAAGAGACUGGACCCACCAUUAGUGGCUGUGGA